AUGACCGUCCAUCCCGUUAAUGGCUAUUCUAGCAUGCCCAUGCAUAUGUAUCCUUUCCCACCCGGCCUAGUUGCCACACAACCUCUUCGCUCCAAGCGCAGGCAAGUCAAGAACGCUUGCACAAACUGUCAGAAGGCAUGCAAGAAGUGUGACGACGCCCGUCCUUGCCUCCGUUGCGUCAAAUAUGGCAUCGCUGAAGAGUGUGUCGAUUCCCAACGCAAGGAGAGGAAAAAAGGCGUGAAAAGGGGACCCUACAAGAAGCGCGAUGGCAAAGGCACCAAUGCCGACAUUGGCGAUGUGCCCGAGCAACCCAGCAUUCCCGUCACGACGGAAGUGCCAACCCAGUCGGCGUCGCCGCCUUUACAGGCGACGUAUAUGGCGCCCAUUGGGUAUUCCAUGUUCCCGGGUCAAUUUCCCGGGUCACCUACUCCCAAGCCUGGUGAGGCCUCCCCAGCGUACUAUCCCCAGUUCUAUGCAAUUACGCCGGUGCCUCAUCCUGGACAGAAUGGGCAUCCAGGUCAAGACCCAGAACAGGGCUACCCGUCCAUGGCCCAGUAUAUUCCGGCCGCAUUCCUUCCGUAUGCGCCACAGUCGUAUGGGUACAUGUAUCCACACCGCCCUGACGGGAUGCAGAUGAUGAACCCCCAUUACGCUCCGUAUCCCCAGAUGUACGGGAAGCCACCUUCGGCUGGAGGGUCAAGCGACUCUGGGCAUCUCAAUGGGCGGAAUCACGGUGACGACUAA